UCUCUCUCUCGCCACAGUGGCAAAAACUGAUAAUUCUGUAUGCAGGAACCCCCAGGACCAACUGGCGAAGUUGGGCCCAAAGGCUCACGUGGACAAAAGGGAACACAAGGCCCACUUGGCAUCAGAGGUCCAGCUGGACCACCUGGAUCACGGGGAGAGGUUGCCCAUCUGGUCUUCCUGGACCUCCUGGUGUUCCUGGAGCCACUGGUGAGACUGGCAGACCAGGUAGCGAUGGAG